CUACUUUUGGGCUCGUGUUUCAUGACCAUUGGGCUACAAAAGUCCUGUCGCUCUCUCUCCGCUGUGUACGAGCUGUGGCCGCCGCUAUGCGCCGCGUCGCCUCCUCCCGGUGGCUGUUGGCCGGAGCCUCGGCAGCUGUCGGUGCCGCACUGGGAGUCGGUUUAACCCAACGCCUCGGACGGACCCCGACCUCAGCUACAGCCCCGGUCCCGGACGGAUGGCUCCCGGUGCUCCCGGUGCUCCCGGUACCGGCCGCGGAGGGCGAGGCCGAGGCCCGGAGCCGCGGUCAGAGCCCCUCCGCCCGGAUCGCCAAGUACGGGUUCCCGGGGCUCAGCCACGUGCGGUCGCGGGAGUCCUACCUGUUGGGCUAUGACCCGCGGACCCGCACCGCGCAGUGGGUGUUGGAGCGGUUGGACGGUCGGUCGAGCGGCGGCGGCGGCGGCGGCGGCGGCGCGGAUCGCAGUCGGUGUGAGUUCAGGGAGGACGGUUCCCUGCACCGGUAUCACCGCGGCACGAACGGCGACUUCAAGCGCAGCGGCUUCGACCGCGGACACCUGGCGGCCGCCGCCAACCACCGGCACAGCCCGAGCGCCAUGAGCGACACCUUCUACCUCAGCAACGUGGUCCCUCAGAAUCCUAAUUUGAAUCAAAAUGCCUGGAACAACCUUGAGAAGUACUGUCGGAGCCUAACCAAGUUUAACAAGAAUGUGUAUGUCUGUACGGGACCCCUCUUCCUGCCCAGGGCAGAAUCUGAUGGAAAGAUGUACGUGAAGUAUCAGGUGAUUGGGAAGAAUAACAUAGCAGUCCCCACACACAUGUUUAAAGUUCUCAUAUUAGAAAAAUACAACGGAGAAAUCGAACUGAGAUCGUAUGUGAUGCCAAACCAACCUGUGGACCCGGACACUCGCCUGGAUCACUUCCUGGUACCAAUUGAAAGCAUUGAACGUGCCUCCGGCCUCCUGUUUGUCAGUAACAUCAUGAAACAAACAAAUAAUGUGAAGGUCAUAACCGCAGGCGGUAGUUGAGGAAGGGAGUGUUUCGGUGGAUUUGUCAGAGCAGAAAAGUAACAUUAAUUGUAAGGUAAACAUUUUCUGUACACAAAGAACUGUUAGUCCCUGUUCCAUAACAGCGAUAUGAGGAGGAGCUGAAACAAUCCGUCAGAGAUGCAUUUCGCCUCCUCACUCAAUCCAUCCAUCCGUUACAGAUGAUGUGACUGAACCUGGUGACAGAUCAUCAUCUGCCAUGAAAAUGAUGGCGCUCACACUCACACACACUCUCAUACUUACACACACUGAUCCUCGGGACAGUCUAAAUGCAGUUAAACACUUGUACUGAAUACAAUGAAGUAACUUCUAAGCACAAUGAU